GGCCCCCCGGCUGCAGCAGCGGAGCCCCCCGCCCGGGCCCCGAUGAGUAACUCCCGGAACAACCGGGUGAUGGUGGAAGGGGUCGGGGCUCGGGUGGUCCGGGGCCCGGACUGGAAGUGGGGGAAGCAGGACGGCGGCGAGGGCCAUGUGGGCACUGUGCGCAGCUUCGAGAGCCCCGAAGAGGUGGUGGUCGUGUGGGACAACGGCACCGCCGCCAACUACCGCUGCUCCGGGGCCUACGACCUCCGCAUCUUGGACAGUGCCCCCACAGGCAUCAAGCAUGAUGGAACCAUGUGUGAUACUUGUCGCCAACAGCCAAUCAUUGGUAUCCGAUGGAAGUGUGCUGAGUGUACAAAUUAUGAUUUGUGCACAGUCUGUUAUCAUGGAGACAAACAUCACUUAAGGCAUCGUUUUUACAGAAUUACCACACCAGGAAGUGAAAGGGUACUUUUAGAAUCUCGUCGGAAAUCAAAGAAAAUUACAGCCAGAGGAAUCUUUGCAGGUGCCAGAGUGGUUCGAGGAGUAGAUUGGCAAUGGGAAGAUCAAGAUGGUGGAAAUGGAAGAAGAGGGAAGGUAACUGAAAUUCAGGACUGGAGUGCAUCUAGUCCACACAGUGCAGCAUAUGUUCUAUGGGACAAUGGUGCUAAGAACCUUUACAGAGUUGGCUUUGAAGGCAUGUCUGACUUGAAGUGUGUCCAGGAUGCUAAAGGAGGUUCUUUCUACAGAGACCACUGCCCUGUGCUAGGUGAGCAGAAUGGUAACCGGAAUCCUGGUGGACUACAGAUUGGUGACCUAGUAAACAUAGAUCUUGAUCUAGAAAUUGUACAGUCUUUGCAACAUGGGCAUGGAGGAUGGACUGAUGGCAUGUUUGAGACUUUAACUACAACUGGAACAGUUUGUGGCAUUGAUGAAGAUCAUGACAUUGUAGUACAGUACCCAAGUGGCAAUAGAUGGACCUUCAAUCCAGCCGUUCUCACUAAAGCUAAUGUUGUCCGAAGUGGGGAUGCUGCACAGGGUGCAGAAGGGGGUACUUCACAAUUUCAAGUGGGUGACCUUGUUCAGGUUUGUUACGAUCUAGAAAGAAUUAAGCUUCUACAAAGAGGUCAUGGUGAAUGGGCAGAAGCUAUGCUUCCUACCCUAGGCAAAGUUGGCCGUGUACAACAGAUUUAUUCAGACAGUGAUUUAAAAGUAGAAGUUUGUGGAACAUCUUGGACAUAUAAUCCUGCAGCUGUUUCCAAGGUGGCAUCAGCAGGAUCAGCUAUUAGCAAUGCAUCUGGUGAGAGACUGUCUCAACUCUUGAAGAAACUGUUUGAAACUCAAGAGUCUGGGGACCUUAAUGAAGAAUUAGUUAAAGCUGCUGCUAAUGGAGAUGUUGCUAAAGUAGAAGAUUUGUUAAAGAGACCAGAUGUUGACGUAAAUGGGCAAUGUGCUGGGCACACUGCCAUGCAAGCUGCUAGUCAGAAUGGACAUGUUGACAUUUUAAAACUGCUUUUGAAACAAAAUGUGGAUGUAGAAGCAGAGGAUAAAGAUGGAGAUAGAGCUGUUCACCAUGCAGCUUUUGGAGAUGAAGGUGCUGUCAUAGAAGUGCUACACAGAGGUAGUGCAGAUUUGAAUGCUCGAAACAAACGCAGACAGACUCCACUUCAUAUUGCUGUGAAUAAAGGUCACCUUCAAGUUGUGAAGACAUUACUGGACUUUGGCUGUCAUCCAAGUCUUCAGGAUUCUGAAGGUGAUACUCCCCUCCAUGAUGCAAUAAGUAAAAAACGUGAUGAUAUCCUUGCAGUCCUUCUAGAAGCUGGGGCAGAUGUUACCAUCACAAACAACAAUGGGUUUAAUGCUCUACACCAUGCUGCACUACGAGGAAACCCCAGUGCGAUGCGUGUGUUACUAUCCAAACUGCCAAGACCAUGGAUUGUGGAUGAGAAGAAAGAUGAUGGUUACACUGCCUUGCAUCUAGCUGCACUUAAUAAUCACGUAGAAGUGGCUGAACUCUUGGUGCAUCAGGGAAAUGCAAACUUGGAUAUCCAGAAUGUGAACCAGCAAACAGCACUACACCUUGCUGUUGAACGACAACACACUCAAAUAGUCAGGCUUUUGGUUCGUGCAGGUGCUAAACUGGAUAUUCAGGAUAAAGAUGGGGAUACUCCAUUGCAUGAAGCUCUGAGACAUCAUACUUUAUCACAACUCCGCCAGCUCCAGGAUAUGCAGGAUGUGGGGAAAGUAGAUACAGCCUGGGAACCAUCCAAAAACACAUUAAUAAUGGGACUUGGUACACAAGGGGCAGAGAAGAAGAGUGCAGCUUCUAUUGCCUGCUUCUUAGCAGCCAACGGAGCUGAUCUUAGCAUUCGAAAUAAGAAGGGUCAGUCUCCACUUGAUCUGUGUCCUGACCCUAGCCUCUGCAAAGCAUUGGCCAAGUGUCACAAAGAAAAAGUCAGUGGUCAGGUGGGUUCACGGAGUCCUUCUAUGAUCAGUAAUGAUUCAGAAACUUUGGAGGAGUGUAUGGUAUGUUCAGAUAUGAAGAGAGAUACUCUUUUUGGCCCAUGUGGACAUAUUGCUACAUGUUCACUGUGUUCUCCACGUGUCAAGAAAUGUCUCAUCUGUAAAGAACAAGUUCAGUCUAGAACAAAGAUUGAAGAAUGUGUGGUGUGCUCUGACAAGAAAGCUGCUGUUCUUUUUCAGCCCUGUGGCCACAUGUGUGCUUGUGAGAACUGUGCUAACCUGAUGAAGAAGUGUGUGCAAUGUCGGGCAGUAGUUGAACGGAGAGUACCUUUCAUUAUGUGUUGCGGUGGCAAAGGCUCAGAAGAUAACACUGAUGAUAUUGCAAGUGGAAACAUUCCAGUUUUACAGAAGGACAAAGACAACACCAAUGUCAAUGCUGAUGUACAGAAGUUACAACAACAGCUACAAGAUAUCAAAGAGCAGACAAUGUGUCCUGUAUGUUUGGAUCGUCUAAAGAAUAUGAUAUUCCUCUGUGGCCAUGGAACAUGUCAACUUUGUGGAGAUCGAAUGAGUGAAUGCCCUAUUUGCCGCAAAGCCAUUGAACGAAGGAUCCUUUUGUAUUAAAUGAGAGAUAGUAGUGUGUUUUGUUAGCUAAAUGAAAUUUAAAUGCAUUUAAUAAGGCAGUUCUAGUGGAAUACUGUAUAAUACCAUAGCCUAUGUAAUACAUUAUAAUUACUUUGACUGAAUGCGCUAAAACCAAACAAACCACAAAACGGUAUUUGGACAGUCAUUUUAAAAUUUGGAUCAAAUCCAUGUAAGCUGCAGUUAAUUUAAAAAUUUUUUUUACUCCAGUCUCGUAGAGUAUGGUUUGUAAUGGAACAGAUUUAAAAAUACAUUUAAUUCCUAAUUCUUUACUACUUCCAUUAAAUUUUCUUUUACUAUUCAGUUUCAUUAGCCCUUAGAUGAUAUACUUUUUUGUGUUUUCUCUUAUUCUUAACAUUAACAGUCACAUUUUUCACAUGAAGCCUAACGUGGAUACCAAGAAAUUAACACCUCUUUAAAAUGCCAUAUGGCACCAAGUGAAGUAGGCAAGUUAAACCUUUACCUCAUUUAUAUUAGGAAAACAGGGUGUUUCAAAAGUCUUGGUGUAGUUUGAGGCUUUAAAAAAUAGCUGCAGACUGCACUAAGACUUUUGGGACACCCAGUAAAAAAUCAUAAUUGUUAUCUGAACUUUACAUAAUGUAAACAAGUUUGAGAAAUGUUUUGAGAGAGUAGAAAGACUUAUGAACUUUAGAAUCACAGGUUUGAACCGGAUUCUGCCACAUACUGCCUGGGGGCACUGAGCAAGUCCUUUAACCUCACUGCAGUUUAGUUACUUUAUUUGUAAAAUGUGGGAGUUGGACUUGACCACCUCUUGGGUUUCUUCCAACUCUAGAGCUAAGAUCACAUGACCUGUGCUCCAAAAACAGAAAGAUCUCAAAUUUCACUUUAAUUUCCAAUGAUUAUUUUUCCAAUUUUUUAAAGAAACAAAAUAGAAUGUGGAAUAAUGAAGGAACAAUCACAACUUCAUAUUAAUAGUUUAUUUCUUAGGUUGUAAAAGAAAAAUUAGUCACUUGAUUCUUGUUAUUAGUUAACCUAAAAGUAAUUAAUAUUCUUAUUGGAAAAACAAAUAAGAAUGGGCAAUCACAAUGGGGAAUUGAAGAAAAUAAUAUUAAGGAUCAUUUCCCUAUAACAUUGCAAAGUAGAAUUAUUUAUUUAUAUGUAUGUAUAUGUAGCUUCUGGCCAUUUUAAAAGACACUGACCUUCUUCUAUGACCUAGUACGCUGUUAUUAUUAAGCCUUAUAGAAAAAAUGGUGUGAGUACAUGGCAUAUUCACCUCAGUACUCCAGUUAACAGUUACAUAAUUGCCAAUAUUGGUCUUGAUCUGACCAUUAAGAAAAGUAGUUGCUCCUUUCACGGGCUACUGAAUUUCCUCUUAUCAAAUUAACUUUUCCAGCACACUUAGAAUAAUGAACGUUCUAGAAGGCAGCAGUUUUCUCUUUCUUCUUGCAGGAUCAGUUCCAUUACGUUUGACAGUGUUGCUAAUUCUGUGUAUCUUCAUAGGUCUUAUAUGACAUGAUAAAGUUAUCACCCCAAGUUACUGGGGGUAUUUUUUUGAGUUUAUAAGUCUUUGUACUUAUAAAUGACUAUUUCAACCAUUGCUGCCAGUGCCCUCCAGAAAAUGUUUGAGAACAAAAUAAAAAUGAAUUUUUCAUUUUGGGGGGAAGAGUUGGGUUCUGGUGGUCAGUACAAGGAUAGGAAUAAUUUUUAUUGGUGAUAUCAUUUGCUUUGACACUAUCAUUGGCUGUGUAGAGAAUCUAAAGAUUUCAUAGUCUUUAAAUGAGUAGAAGCAUACUAGCAUAACAGAAGAAAAAAUGGAUUGAAGUAAAGUGUUUUCAGACCUUUUGUUGCUGUACAAGUGUGCAGUGUCAUUAGUUUAGAGUGACAAUUUAUUGACUAGUACCUAAGCUUUUUUAUAUGUGUGUGUGUGUGUGUGUGUGUGUGUAUGCACACACACAUGUACUACAUACACACAAACAUCUCUCCUGUGGAUUAAAAAAAUUUUUAUUCUAUUAACGACAAUUACUUCUUCAAAAUUUUCCUAAUUAGAAAGUGCACAAUCUUUUAAUUUGGGGCCGUUGGAUACCAAAGGUGUCCAUUGAUAGAUUUCAGAAGGUCUGUGAACUUUGAUGGAAAAAAAUUACAUCUUUAUUUCAAUAUAACUGAUUCCUUUGGAAACCCUACAUACUUUACAUAUCUAGAGACAUUAUUCUGAGGAAGGGUCUGUAGGCUUCAUCAGACUAUCGAAGGGGUCAGUGAAAGUUAAGAAACUCCUGUUCUACCAAAUACUAUUUCCAAAUAGCUAAAGUAUUAUGUUGACUGAUUAAGCACUCAUUUUGGCUAACCUGAGGGUUGUAGUCAUAAUUUUAGUUCGGAAGAUAGUAAUUUUAUUUAACAAAACCUUUUCUUUGUUCCCUGGCUCCUAGUUUUGGAAUUUAAAGGGGAAUAUCAGCCAUUUCAGACUGUUCUCAACAAUUUUGUUUAUGGUUUUAAAAUAUAAUAUUAUAAACCUCUGUCCCAAAGUUCAUAAUUUUUGGUAGUUAUUGUUAAUGUAUGUGUGAAUCUAUGUCAGUUAUUACAUUUCUAAAGUUAUUUUUGUGAACAGAUAAUAAUCAAUUGAAAGUUCUUUUGUUUUUAAUAAUUUUGAUUUUGUGAGGGAAGAUGGGGAGAAGCAGAAAUUAACAUGUUCUCCAGCUGUUUGAAACUUUGACUUCUGUUUUGUAUCUCCCAGCAGUGGUUCCUGAUAAGUUAUUUCUCAUCCUGCUAACCAUCUCUUUUAAUUCUGUAGUCACUAAGGAUUUCUUACUGUUUUCAGUUAUGUGUUGAACUCUUACUAGUUGGUCAGAUCUCUGGAAGACUCUAGUUUUGGAAAAGAUGCAGGACCACUUAGAUAUUGUUUUGCCUUAAUGUUUUUCAGAAUCAUGGUCACAAUUAUGCCAUUUCCUUAAUUUCUUCAGUGUAAUCAAGUAGUUAUAUAUUCAAUAUCACAUUGCACUGAGUUAGAUAUCCAACCUUUUUGAUGACUUCGGUUUGAAUUUCCAAACACUAAUUAGUUAUGAAACAGCUGCUAAACUAAUUUUUUGAGUUUUUUUUUCCCUACCCUAAUUUGAGCUAGGGAAAAUGGGUCUCAGACACUAUUAAUGUAACUUUAGUCAAUGCCAUUUCCUGCACUGGGGGGCCUUUGAAAUUCUAUAGGCAGAAUCUUCAUUCAUGUGUCCAGUUUCCCUUGUCUUUUGACAUCCUUCCCAGCAUUCUCAUUUGAUGUUCUUUCCAGUGCAUUAAUACCCAUCUUUUGUUGUUUUGUGUGUGUGCUUUUUUUUUUUGAGGGAGUUGUAGAGGGGACAAGUAUGUUGUCUUAUUUUUACAUGUAUUACCUAAAUUAUCCCUACACAUAUUUAGCCAGAUAUGUGUAGCUAUUUUUAUUUCGUUAUUGUUAGUCCUUCUUAUUCAUUACCAUGUGACAAAUUAUUAAAU